UACCAUGGAGACGUUAAUGCUAGAUUCGAUUUUAAUCAAACGGGCAGGAAUAUACCAGCGCCCGACAUCAUUCACAAGAACGAUUCUCGCCUUAAUAAUGAAGCAUGGCUAGUAAAACAUUUGUAAAGCCAAUAAAUGUUUAUCACGGUGACACGCCUCCGUCAGCCGAGCUUGGCGGUGCCCCGGCUAGCCCUCCAGGAGAGCUCCUCGGCCAGCGCACCAACGUCCAGCAGGGGGAGGUGUUUUGCUGUCUCCUCAUAACCAGUCAACUUGGCUUUCGCUUUAUCCUACAUUACCGUGCCGAACUUGUGCCUGGGUGACUGAAGUGCGUACAUGAAUUUAAAAUCUCAUGCCAGUAGCUCGCAAUGCAACAGUCUUGCGCUGUUUACCAUUAGGUGUUCUACUGGGCUUUCUUCUUCAGGAUGAUGUUUGCAUAAUACAUAACACUGUAAUCGAUUCAGAAAUGGUUUUAAGCCAUUUAGCCAGUAAACGCGAUGCGAAGGCAGAAGAGUUUUGACAUCCGUUCCGAAGGCGUCUCACAAGUCCAUGCUCGUUCAUGAACGUGCGUCUGUAUCUUUAAAAUCACUUCACCCAACUUUGCCCGAUGGCGGAUAAGUCUACACCUACUCCGCAUGAUAGUCGAAGCCCCUCCUUUAUCUAACGUCACCCGGUUCGGAUCUCUCUCCGGCGCUCGCCUGCUGCCUCGUAGCAGCUCAGGUCGCUCAGCUUUGCUUUGGAAGCCGGGAUAACCCGGGAUCUCCGCCACGGGCUCAGCACUCCCCCCGUUUGUUUGGUCGCGACAGAACGGACAGAUGCGCGCGCGUUCUGCCAGCCGCAGACACCCCGGGAAAUCAAUCUUCUAAUCCCCGUAUUCCCAGACUGAGGGGAAACUAACCGGGACCGUUAGAACUUCGAGCAUCGCGUGUCCCGGGCAAACUAAAGUGGAGGAGAAAGCAUUUCUGCGUCGGACCACGAGGAGCGGGAGUUCGGAGCGCUGACUUAUACAGGGGCGAAUUAUUAAGACGAGUUCGCGCCGAGGUUCUUUUUGGGGGGGAACUUGUCACCGAAGCAUCGAUUACCUCCCCCGCCCCCUCUCCGUACUUACUAACAGGAGGCAGAGAACAACGACUCGCCGCCGCAUUGGACGCGAAGCUUGGCGCUCGUUGUUCGUUGCGGAAGCCCUUGACCUGAAAACCGCUCCUAUCUGAACUUGUUUUGUUCUUUCCCGACUAUUCGUCCACGUUUAGCAACCGGCAACUCGCGCGACCUUUUUGGUCCCGCAAACCGGGCGAAGUACCGCGCGCUGCUCGCCGUGCAUCUGCUCGUAAUUACCGUGGCUUUAUUAUCUGAUCGAGCUGGAGGAGUACCUGACGACACGUAACUCUCUCCGCCGCUACACUCGAAUUACAAUACUCGGAGUCACCAGGAAGGGAACAACUGCAAACGCACUUUGAAGUGCAUUGUUUUACUCCAGGUUUCCCGUCCCCGUUGAAAGCAUACAUUCCCCGACUGGUCCUCUUUUCGGGAUUUGGACUAGGGAUCUCGUUGAAGUUAUAUGCCUCACCGAAGCGGUCUGAACUGAUCACGUCUAUCCAGUGUCGGGGAUUUCAGAUCGGAUAUUUGGCAUAAGGCGUAAAGUAUGGCGAUGUUGGCGAGCUGUUGGAUACUCCUGCUGAUGCUUAUGAAUGCGUCAAAGGGAACUGGUCAGUCCGUACAGAUGGACAUGGUGAAGUCAGGCUUCGUGGGCUCCACGGUGGAGCUCCGUUGCCUCUUCAUCAACAGCAAGCCGCCGGUGAAGAUCUCGCAGGUCACCUGGCAGAAGUUCUACAACGGCACCAAGCAGAACGUGGCUAUCGCCAACCCGGCGCUGGGCGUCUCCGUCCUACCACCGUUCAAGGACCGCGUGAGCUUCAAGCACCCAGUGCGCCAGACCACCCCCUCGCUCGAGGACACCACCAUCAUCUUCAACGGCCUCCUCCUGUCAGACGAAGCCGCCUACAUCUGUGAAUACACCACCUUCCCCGCGGGGAACCGGGAGAACAUGGUCAACCUCACCGUCUACGCUCGCCCCCAGUCCCAGAUGACCCUCACCAUGCCCACCAUCAUUGCCCAGAAACACGACAAGAUGAGGGUGGCGACAUGCCUGUCGGCCAAUGGGAAGCCCCCGAGCGAUAUCAAGUGGGAGACGCAGCUAAAGGGCGAGCCCACGUUCCAGGAGUCGCGCAACCCCAACGGCACGGUGACCGUGCGCAGCGACUACAUCCUGGUGCCGAGCCGUGAGACGCACGGCCAGAAGCUGACAUGCGUCGUCACCUACCAGACCGAGCGUUUCGCCGACACCGUCAUGCUCAACGUGCAGUACGAGCCCGAUGUGAAGAUCAAGGGCUUCGAUGGGAACUGGUACCUGAACCGUCAGGAUGUGAAACUCACCUGCGAGGCAGAUGCCAACCCAGCCGUUACUGUCUACCAGUGGAAGCUGCUGAAUGGUUCCCUGCCCAAGAACGUGGAGAUCAGGAACAACACGCUGAUCUUCAGAGGGCCCGUGACACACGAGCUGGGAGGGACCUACGUGUGUGACGCCACGAACAGCAUCGGCACGCGCUCGGGCCUGGUGGAGGUCAACGUGACGGAAUUCCCUAUCCACCCGUCUACUGGCCCUAAGAUGUCACAGGAGCAGCAAAGUUCUGGUGCCGCCAUUUGGGGUGCCGUUGGAGGCGUGGCCCUGCUAGUGGGCGGGGCCGUGCUGCUCUUCUUCUUCCUGCGGCGUCGCCAGCGCACCUUCAAGGGCGACUACAGCACCAAGAAGCACGUUUUCGGCAACGGCUACAGCAAGGCCGGAGGCCUGCCCGCCCAUCCGCCCAUGCCCAAGAACCUGCAGUACCCGGACGACUCCGACGACGAGAAGAAGCCCACCCAGAUCGGUGCGCCCGGCGGCUUCGACGGCGUGGAGCGGGAUUUCGACGGCAACUCCGAGGACCUAAAGAGGCCCUAUUUUACGGUGGACGAAGGCGAGAGUCGUGACUACGACGAACGGACCCUCGCUUUCCAGUACGAUCCCGAGUCUGAGAUCAACGACGACAUGGUCUCCCAGACCGAUGGCUCUGUCAUUUCAAAGAAAGAGUGGUACGUGUAGUGGCAUGCACAGCAAAAAAUGAGAAAAGCAUCAACAACCUUCUGCUCCUUCCUGCAUCCCACCACACACACCCCCCCACCUCCAUCUCGAGAAGCCCUCCCUCCAGCCUGUCUGUUCCCGCCUUCAUCCCAUCACUACUCCUCUCACCCAGCAGGCUCCGCCCCCAUCAGAACCCAUCCAACUAAACGGUAGAUAAACCGCUUACAGCAUCGGCACACGGCGACACCGCCGAAUGCCCACACAUUACUAGAUUAACCUACAACAAGCAAACAGUGGCGUGAUCAUUGACUGAUGCUGAUGGCCAUUGACUAUUAAAGCCACAAGGGUCAGUUGCUUGAAAUAUGUUUGGUGUUUUUGUUUUCAUUUUUUUGUCUUAUUUUGUUGGAAGUUAUAAUAAAUGUAUUAAAUGUUUGAAAAGAGACUUUGUACCUGUUUUAGGAAGGGGUGUUUUUGUGAAAGUCCCACACUGGAUGUAUGAUACUUUUUAAAUUUUAAUCACAUUACCAUUGUUUUUACUUCGAUUUACUUUUAUAACUGAUCUUUUUUUUUUUUUUUUUUUCCUUUUGUAACAUUUUGCCUUUUUAAGGGGUGUUGGUUAGUUGAAACUUCUGGGGUGAAAUAUUAGAAUUCUCACAUAUAAAUGGAUAGUUAUGAGACAUGUGGUCAGUUGUUUCAGAGUGAAUUUAGAGACACCGUUUUAUUCUUAGAGGUUUGAUUUCUGUGGUGCAGCCCCGCCUGCUUGUUCCCCCAGCCAAUGGGAACAAGAGGCCACAGGUAAGGGCAAGGUCUAGCGGACUGUGGAAUGGGUCUUCGCGGCUGAAACAGACAAAUCGG